GCGGUCACUGGGCCUUGCCUCCGUCGCCUGCUGCGCCCCACGGGGGCCCCAGCGCCCACACCGAAGGGACUUGGGAGGGGGGCGCUUUUUUCCCAUCGUCCUGUCGCCGUGUGUGUGUGUGUGUGUGUGUGUGUGUGUGUGUGUGAGAGAGAGAGAACCCUCCUCCACCCUGCUCUCUGUCGCUGUGGACCCUGCUCCCACGACUCCCUUCCGUCUGGGUGUGUGUCAGCCCCCAGCGGGCUUCCUCCGGUUCGGCUCAGGUCGACCCCUCCUGCCCGUUCUGUCCGGCUGUCUCAGGCCCACCCUCCUAGCUUCUCCGCCAUCGUGACAGUUCUCUUCCCAAGCCCCUAGGGACAUCAGAGGAUUUGGGGACCAGCGAGCACCCCCAGGGCACGAGAAAAGUCUCUGUCACCUGCCCUGCCUCAUCCUGCCCCACGCCAGGCCCAGCUGCCCUGGCCCCCGGCUGCAUCAAGUGGAGGAGGAGGAGGUGGAGGAGGGUGGCACCAUGGGCCUGGGCCGUGCCCUCCAUGCCCGGGGGAUGAAGACACUGCUGCCAUGGACAGCCCGUGCCAGCCGCAGCCCCUGAGUCAGGCUCUCCCUCAGUUGCCUGGUUCCGUGUCAGAACCCUUGGAGCCUAACCGGGCCAGGAUGGGGGUGGAGAGUUACCUGCCCUGUCCCCUGCUGUCCUCCUACCACUGUCCAGGAGCGCCUGGUGAGGCCUCGGCGGGAAGUGGGACCCCCAGAGCCACAGCUACUUCCACCACAGCCAGCCCCCUGAGGGAGGGCUUCGGUGGGCAGGAUGGCGGCGAGCUGCGGCCGCUGCAGAGUGAGGGUGCUGCGGCACUGGUCACCAAGGGGUGCCAGCGGCUGGCAGCCCAGGGCGCCCGGCCCGAGGCCCCUAAACGGAAAUGGGCAGAGGGUGGUGGGGAUGCCCCUGCACCCAGCAAACGGCCCUGGGCCAGGCAGGAGAACCAGGAGGCUGAGGCCGAGGGGGAGGGCUGCAGCAGUGGCAGUGGUGAGCCCAGUGCUGGGCUGAGGGAGGAGGUGCUGCCCGCUGCACCGGAGCGCCUGGCCCUGGACUAUAUUGUGCCCUGCAUGCGGUACUAUGGCAUCUGCGUCAAGGACAGUUUCCUGGGGGCGGCACUAGGUGGCCGUGUGCUGGCCGAGGUGGAGGCCCUGAAGCGGGGCGGGCGCCUGCGUGACGGGCAGCUAGUGAGCCAGCGGGCUAUCCCCCCACGCAGCAUCCGUGGGGACCAGAUUGCCUGGGUGGAAGGCCAUGAGCCUGGCUGCCGAAGCAUUGGUGCUCUUAUGGCCCACGUGGAUGCUGUAAUCCGCCACUGUGCUGGGAGGCUGGGCAGCUACGUCAUCAACGGGCGCACCAAGGCCAUGGUGGCAUGUUACCCAGGCAACGGGCUGGGGUACGUGAGACACGUUGACAAUCCCCACGGCGAUGGGCGCUGCAUCACCUGUAUCUAUUACCUGAAUCAGAACUGGGACGUCAAGGUGCACGGCGGCCUGCUGCAGAUAUUCCCAGAGGGCCGGCCUGUGGUAGCCAACAUCGAGCCACUCUUUGACCGGCUGCUCAUUUUCUGGUCUGAUCGGCGGAACCCCCAUGAGGUGAAACCAGCCUAUGCCACCAGGUAUGCCAUCACUGUCUGGUAUUUUGACGCCAAGGAGAGAGCAGCAGCCAAAGACAAGUAUCAGCUAGCAGCAGGACAGAAAGGUGUCCAAGUACCUGUAUCGCAGCCAACUACGCCCACCUAGUGGCCAGCCCCAGAGCUGCACGGACAGCCGGCUUGCCCUGACUUCAGAGAGCCCUGGGCCCUGGUGCUGCCAGGCCGGCAGCCCACCAGUCUCAGUGCCUGCUCCUUCCCCGCUGCCGCCUCUGCUUCUGACUUUGCCUCUGUCCUGCCUGGUGUGGAGGGCUCCGUCCAACGCUGAGGACCAAGGAGGAGGAGAGACCUCUCCUGCCCUGGGAUGGGGGCUGGGGUUGUGACCCGGGCAGAGGCCAGUGCUGGGGGCUGCCGUUACUGGAGCUGGGUCCUGCCCUGUUUGGUCAUUCCCCCUCUCAGGUUUGGAGAGCUGGAAGGAGGCACUGCCACCUCCCACCAGGAUGUAGGAUUUGAGGUUGGGGUGAGUCAUGGCCUCUUGCUGGCAAAGGUUUAUGGGGGGAGUAUCCCCAAGCCCCCUACUCCUCCAGCCUGGAAUGUGAAGUGACUCCCCAACCCCUUUGGCCAUGGCACCUUUUGGACUAGGCUGCCACUGCUUGGGCAGGAUGAAAGGUGCUGGGAGGAGCAUGGGCGUGAAAGUUGUCAGCCAAGAAAUAAAAGUUUACCUCAGCUGCA